AAGCGGUGCGGAGCGGGUGCGAGGCGGAGUUUAGUCUAGGCGCCCAAGAAGCCGAAGGCAAUGGCAGAGGCAGAGUGAGUGGACUGUGCGGGGAAAGGGGAACAGGCAAUGGGAAUGGGAAUGAUCGCUUGAGCAAAGCAGGGGCGGGGGGCGAGCAGACAGACCCCCUACUAGACCUUUCGAUCUUUCAUUGGUGUCAUAGUGGUCAGCAUCAUCUCCUGGCGUCGGCGACAUCUUCGCCUCUUGCUUCGUCUACGUCAAGAGAAGGAUCGCGCGGGGUAGUACUGCAAGACGAGACGAGGAGUCUCCCUGCUACCCUGUGGAGGUGCAACACUUUCCGCCUUGCGCCCUUCUCCUGCCCCUCCUCCUGCUCCUGCUUCCUUCUGGCCAUUACUCUCCCUUCUUCUUGUUACGAACCUCAAGAUCGAUCCCCGCUCUCGCCCCGCUCGCUCGGUAUGCCCCUCUCACAGGGGCAGGGCGCCCUACUAGGUGCAUGCAUCUGUAUUGUGGCCAAUACCCUCAUCUCUUUGGCCUUGAAUGUGCAGAAGCUGGCUCAUGUAAGGAUGCAGGGGAAACUGCUGAGGGAGGGGGAGGCCGGAGGAGGUGGAGGGGAGGAAGAGCAAGGCGCUGAUGGUGAUGGUGAUGAAUCUACACGGGAGACACCGGAGCAACGGCAUGAUGAGGAGUCUGGAGGACAAGAAGAAGAAGAAGAAGAAGGGGGAGCACAGCCCAAUACCCGAUUCCUCAAGAGCAAGCUUUGGUGGUCUGGAAUCGGCCUCAUGUUGCUAGGUGAAAUGGGCAACUUCAUUUCAUACGGCUUCGCCCCAGCCUCCCUCGUCGCCCCCCUCGGAUCCGUCGCCCUCCUCGCAAACGUCUUCCUCGCCCCUCUCAUCCUAAAGGAACGCUUCGCCAGCUCCGACCUCUUCGGUGUAUUCCUCGCAACAGUAGGAGCAGCUGGCGUGGUAGCUGCUUCCUCUACUGGAGGUGGAGAAGGAGGACCAGGGGGGCCUGGAGUGCUUUGGGAGGCGAUUAAAGAGAGGGACUUUUUGCUUUUUACUGGAGUGAUGAUUGGAUUGGGAAUGGUGCUUGUGGGACUGAGUACGACUAGGUGGGGAGAGAGGUAUGUGCUUGUGGAUGUCGGGGCUUGUGCCGUCUUUGGUGGCUUCACCGUCCUGUCCACCAAGGGCAUAUCGUCCAUACUGUCCUAUGGCGCUUCUAAGGGUGACAUUCUUUCUGCUCUGAAGUCACCCGUCUCCUACGGCUGUGUGGUGGUCCUGGUCGCUACGGCUCUGGUGCAGAUCACGUUUCUGAAUAGGGCUCUGCAGCGCUUCGAUGCUCGUAAAGUCAUCCCAUCGCAGUUCGUACUCUUCACCAUCUCGUCCAUCUCUGGGUCUGCCGUGCUCUUCCGAGACUUUGAGCGAGCAGACGCGACGCACCUGAUUGGAUUCUUCGCCGCCUGUGCCACGACGUUUGCCGGCGUCUUUGUCCUCACAAGGCACAAGGGGGAGCAAGGAGGCCACGGCAAGGAAGGAGGCGAUGGUGAAGAGCAUGAAGAAGAUGUCCAGGAUGGGCAAGCUGUCGAAUCCAGGCAGAAGACUGGAUGGAGUGGAAGAGGUCGACAAAGCGGCACAGACGAAGAGCGCCAGUCACUGCUGGAUCCUUCCACCCCCGUACGGGCAUUCAGUCGCAGCGAGGCCAACAAGCGCGGUCUCACACCUCGCCGACCAGGAGCUCCACCAUCAGCAGUCUCGACGGGCUCGAUGCCAACCUACGCAUCGAUGCUCACUCCUCCCCCUCGAGAUGCCCUCUCCCCUGCAUCAGCCGCCGGACUCCCCAUUCGCCAUAUGAGCAAACAUCGCCACGCCUCAUCCUCAUCUUCUUCUUCCGUUGCUUCUUCAGUAGCGGGCAACACACCCAGGAAUCCAAAUGUUUCCCCUCUAUCAACGAGAUCAGGCGGAGGGGGAUUUCUCAGAACGCCCCGGCUGUCGCUAGCGAGGGGCUCCUCGGCCACCGGCGCAGGCGGGUACCUCCUGCUCCUCUCUGGUUCUAGCUCGGGAGCAGGUGCAGGUGCAGGUGUAGGAACAGGUGCACAUCCUGCAGCUUCCCCCUCUGCAAUACCCCACGCAGCAGCAUCCAACGCAACCGACGGCUCUGGCCCCUCCCUCUCCCCGCGCCCAGCAGCAGCCACCGCCGUCAGCCCCAUCCAUCGCAGCACAGUCGGGCUGUCCGUUUCCCCCGGUCGAGCUCUUCUGCACACGGGGGGUAGCCCCGGAGGGUUAGGCUGGGGUGGGCGUGGGCAGACGCAGACGCAGACGCAGAUUCCAGGAGGUGGAGGCGCUGCGACCCCUACGAGGAGCGUUACGCCCAGCAGGGGAGGUACUGGUGGAGGGACGGCAGGACUGAAGCACAAGGGCAGCAGGGGUAGCUUGCUAGCUCCCUCUGAGCGCGAGCGCGAGCGGGAGACUAGAAGUCCUUCCAAUCCCAGUGCUAGUGCUAGUGCCAGUGCUAGUGCCAGUGCCAUGGUCGCAGAGUCUGCAAUAGAAGAAGGCGGCGGGGAGGAGGAGCAGCAGCAGCGAGAGCGGCAGGAGGAGCGGCAGGAGGCAGGAAGUGCCAAGCCGGCGCUGAGUACACGGCGCACUGUCGAGGUAAUUCCUCAAGUGGGGUCGAGUACAGGUGGAGAUGAACAUCGGGAGGGUGGACAAGCGGAUGAGGCCGGCGGAUCUGCGACUAAGGGGUGACGCUGAGCGUUGGGCUUACUAGUAGGUUUGGUCCCUCAUGCGGAGGUGGUACUCGUUGAGGUCGACGUCUGUCCGUCUGUCCGUGCGUCCGUCCGUCUCCCGCUUCUUCUCCCUCUCAUGCCCGUAUAUAUGCCUCUGCCUUUGCUUCCAUCCACUCACGACAAUGUAUGCUACACAUCUGAAAUGAGGGCUGAGUUCGAGCACCUGCACCUGCACCGUCAUUCCUGCAUCCUGCAUCUGCUCAGUCAAGUCAAAUUCGGUUCGAGCAUGGAAGCUUC